CAGCAAUAUGAGUUGAAUCGUUAACUAUAUAAACUCUUGAAAUUACCACAAAAAUUAUUUAAAUCAUUGAAAAAUGUAUUUUGGUCAAAUUGCAUCCGCACACAGAAACAGCCACUCUAUCUAAAAAUUGCUUGACAAAUACUUUCGACACUCAAAGUUCUAAUAUUUGGUAGUUCAUCUAUCGAAAGGUUAAUGGCUUUAAUUACAUUCAAAAUUAAUUUGAACUGCUUGUAAAGUAAUAGUUACAUCAAACAUUCACUUUUGUCAUAACUAUAACAUGAUGAUUAUACAUAUAUUAUAUCCUUUUCUACUCUUCUCAUCGAGACACUAUGUUAUAAUUGAUUGAUUUUCAUUUAUUAAAUAUCUGCUUCAUUUAUCAAUUAAAUAUUUUCUUGUUACUUGACACGCAAGCGCAAAAACUACCCCUCAUCUAAGAUAGUAAAGCAGUAAAAUACUAGACUUAGCUAUCAAAAAAUAGUAUCGAACACAAUUAUACAAUAUGGAUUGUUACCGAAAAAAAAUUAACCAUUCUCGAAGAUCAAAUACUUCAAAAAAUAUGCACAAUGCAUUAAAAUACACAUAUUGGUUUUUGAAUAUAAUAGCAAUCUGGCAGCUUAUGUUUCAAUCGUUAAAUUUAAAAAAAUUAAUAUCUAUUAUUCAUGUGUUUAUUGUGUGUGCAAUGUUUAUAUGGCAGCUAUUUGUUAGGUGUUAUCAUAUGUAUUUUUAUGCAACAGAUCUUAAUGAGCAAGUAACUUUGCUCGCACCUAUUGCAUUCAUUUUUGUAGUGUUACUAAAAUAUAUAGCUAUCGUUUAUCGUCAUAAAACAAUAAUGAAAUCAAUAGAACACAUAAGGGCUGAUUGGAGUGCAACAAAAUACAAAGAAGAAAAAGAAAUAAUGGCAAAAAAUACUAAAAUAAGCAACAACAUAACUUUUAUAUUUUCAAUACUUAUGUAUACAAGUGGCACAUUAUAUAAUUUUUUUAUGCCUCACGUGCUACCACUUUUAUUUCGAAAUAAUAAUCAAAAUACUUCUGAGAGACUAAUAAUCUUUCCUGGUUAUAAUAUCAUUAGCUUGAUUGAUUCAUCUCCGUUCUAUGAAAUAACAUUUUUUUUCCACGCUGUAGCGAUUUUUUUUUGUUUCACAGUGCUUGUCAGCACAUGUAACAUUACUGUUAUUUUAGUAACUCAUGCAAAUAGCCAAAUUCAAAUAGCUAUUGUAAAACUUAAGUCGUUGAUAAAUGAUUUUUAUGAAGGAGCCAAAUUCUCGAACCAAAAAAUGUCAAUUGCAGUUCAACAUCAUGUCAGAGUACUUAAAUUUUCCAAAACAAUGCUUAGAGAAGCAUUAUUAGAAUAUUGCCUUAUAGAGAUCGGUGCAUCUUCUAUUCUUCUUUGCAUUGAUGAAUUUUGUUUUUUAAGGAUGUUGGAUAAUCAAGACAUCGCAAACACGAUACCAUAUAUUAUGCUAUUUUUUGCUUUGAGCUUAAAUAUAUUGAUAUUGUGUUACUUCAGUGAACUUCUUAACUCUCAGUUUAUUGAAGUCGGAAAUCAAUUAUACAUGACUGAAUGGUACAAGAUUCCAUCUAAAGCAAGAAAAUAUUUUAUUCUCAUAAUUAAUAUGUCUCAGCGGCCACAAAGAAUAAGUACUGGGGGAAUAAUCGAUUUAUCUUAUAUUACCUACAUACAAAUCAUUAAAACUGGAUUUGCAUACUUACAAAUUCUAAGAGCUUCAAACACGCACCAAUAAAUUCGUUUUUCUGAAAGUUCGUAAAACAAGUUAUAGAGGUGGAGCACAAUGACAUUGUUUUGGUCGGUAAAUUUCCUUUAUAUACAUAUUAAAAUGUAAGAACUUAUUGUUUAUACCUUGGUAAGAAAAUAUA